CUUAGACGCAGGGACCGGAACGGUAUCGGGACUCGAAAUCGGGUUGGGCUUUGGACCUGGCGGAGGCUCGAACUCAAGGAGCCGGGAUUCUGAAGCCUAGCUGGCAGCCAGCAAAUAUGUCGUCUUCGUCGGAGACUCCUCCCGACACAAUCAUGGUGUCUGGCACGGAAAUUGACGGAGGUGUUGACGGACGCCAUGACAGCGACCCCCAUGGCGCCCUGGACUCGACCGCGAUCGGCAACUCCAGCGUGCCCAAGCCAAAGCGUCUGGCUUGCAUGAUUUGCAGGAAGAGAAAACUCAAAUGCGACGGCAUCAAGCCUAGUUGCAGCACUUGCUCGCGACUCGGCCAUAUUUGCGCCUACGAUGAAGUCAGGAGGAAGAGCGGGCCCAAGAGAGGCUACGUUAAGGCAUUGGAGGAACGACUAAAGCAAGUAGAGACGAUGUUGAAGACACAGGACCCAUCGGCAACGAGUCCCGACGCCAACAAGGCCAUGCCUGUCUCGGCCGACGCUGGGCGAAAGCAGCCGCCGAAUCAACGCGCAACCGCGGCCGCAGCCGCAGGCAUGAAUGUCACGGAUCCGUCGAUCGGAAUCGCAAGCAGCAGGGAUAUGGAUCGCUGGAACUUUCCCGGCGACUCGCCCGGUGGUGCAAUAGACACAGGCUUCGACUUCGGCGGUAUGGGUUUGGCGAAUCCCACCAAUAACUUUACCUGGGAGAUGAUAGGCCUGGGCCUGGAAGAGCCAUUGCCACCCCAGGCAACCAUCGAUGAGAUGCAUCAGAUAUAUUUCGAGAAGAUCCAUCCGUCCUUGCCCAUGAUACAUAGAUAUCGGUAUCUGGCGGCCAUGAAUCUAGCCCCUAACCAGAGACCCCCGGUCUGUCUGAGAUACGCCAUGUGGACGUUGGCGUGCUCGGUGACGGAGAAAUUCCAGGACCUGAAAGACCUCUUCUACCAGCGGGCUAGGAAAUACGUCGAGUCCGAUUAUAUCAGAGGCUACGGAGAGCACAUGAUCUCCGUGGCCCAUGCACAGACUCACGUGUUGCUUGCGUCUUAUGAAUUCAAGUGGAUGUAUUUCCCACGGGCCUGGAUGAGCACAGGCUCGGCUGUGCGCUUGUGUCAGAUGGCCGGGCUGCACCGCCUUGACGGCAAUGGUCUCGACGUAAAGCAGUGCUUGCCCCCACCUCGCGACUGGACAGAGCGUGAAGAGAGGAGGAGGACAUUCUGGAUGGCCUUUUGUCAGGACCGUUACGCUAGCAUUGGAACUGGGUGGCCGAUGACCAUCGACGAGAAGGACAUCCUGACUAAUCUGCCUUCAUCGGACGAGGCAUUCGAUCUCAGCCGUCCCGAACAAACACAACCCCUCACAGAAGCGAUGAGCCCUGCUGGCGCCGGCAAGUUGUCCGCUUAUGGCGGAAUCGUUCUCAUGGCCUGUCUCUUUGGGCGGAAUCUCGUUCACCUUCACCGCCCAGAUGUUGACGACAGGGAUCAUGAUCUCAAUGGCGAGUUCUGGAAACGGCAUCGCCAUAUGGACAACAUCCUCCUCAACACGUCUCUCUGCCUGCCGUCGCACUUGAAGCUGCCCAUCGGGUUGGGCAAUCCCAACAUUGUGUUUACAAACAUGUGUAUCCAUACCUCCACCAUCUGCUUACACCAAGCGGCAAUCUUCAAGGCAGACAAGAAUCGGCUGCCGGCCUCGGUGAGCUCUGAGAGCAAGGUGCGGUGCAUCACGGCCGCCAACGAAAUUGCGAGCAUCAUGCGCAUGAUCUCCCAUCAGGACCUGUCCGGGAUGAACCCAUUCAUAUCAUUCUGUCUUUAUGUCGCCGCUCGAGUGUUUGUGCAGUAUCUCAAGAGCCGGCCUGACGAUAGCCAGACGGCUGAUUCUCUUCGGUUUAUCCUCUCCGCCAUGAACGCUUUGAAGAGACGAAACCCUCUCACCGAGUCUUUUCUCGUCCAGCUUGACGUGGACCUGGAGGCGCUGGGCUUGCGCAUACCCAAGCUGAAAGCCGCAUUCCCGCGAAGCAGUGACAGUCCCGGCCCUCGACAACAGGUCCCCCAUAAUCUGCAUAUGACGGCAUCAGGUGAAUCCGAGCCGUUGGGUAAAAAUGGGCAGCCCUACCGUCCCGAAUGUGUCUUCUUGCAAACUGUCGACGACACGGCCGACGCCGCAAAUAGGGUCGAUCUUGUCGAUCCGGAGCCCGAGAAUCCUGUUUCUCAGACUCCUAGUUCAACCGGGCAUGGCUCUCAGGGUUGGACAGCAACUGAACAGACUGCCAGCCUUCCUUCGCGUGAACGUAGUAACGGGGCACCAUAUGUGCCCAUCCAUGGCCUGAUGCCCAUGAGCAGCUCACUCCCGCCCUACGGCUCCUCGGACAUGGAUACAGUAAGUACCAAUGACAUGUCCGGGACCUCCCCAGGGGGUGGGCUUUCAAACCGACUCACGCCAAACUCGAGCACGGUGUCAGAGCACCGACAAGGGCUCGCACCUGGCGGCCACAUGGACGGCUCUGGCAGAAACUCGUUUGAGGCUAGUCCUGUCAUGCCACACCAAAACCUGAGCAUGGCGGGCACGAGUCAGAGCGAAGUUGAGCGCAGCGUCGACGCCUUUUUUAGCACACAGUCAGCAUUUAGCAUGCCGCCGGGCGUUUCUACUGGCCUAACGCCAGACCAGCGCUAUAGCAUGCCGGACACACCCGGAGGCCCUGAUUUUUCGGUGCCUGCUGGUUGGCCCGAGAUGUCAAGUCAGCCUGGCAUGACCCCUGGCACCGACGGCGUCUUGCGGUCCUUAUUGGCCAUGGGGCCUUUGGAGUCGAUGGAUAUUGCGUGGGAUGGAAAUACGUAGGGCAUUCGGGACAAAAUCUUUGGCUUUUCUUUUUUUUGGCUCGACUUUUGUAUCUUGAUACCAAUUUCCUUUCCGUUUCUUCUUUUGUUUUCCUUUGAUACAACUUCUCAUUUAGUUGACAGCAAGUUUGCAUACGAUGUAUCCUCUUCUCUUUAUUCCUUGGAAACGAACCUGGCUGGCGGGAAAUUGGCGCAAGUGUUUCCUCCGCGUUUGGAGUCAUUCUGUUUUCUUUUUCUUUUCUUCUCGUUCGGUUAUGGCUGAAAGGGGCAGCUGUUUCUCCAAGCAGCAUGGAUCGUCUUCACAUGGGCAGUCAUGUCUGUCUGCCCAUGA